AUGGCGUUCAAAUACGCCGGUGCAGAACCUGCUGGAACGACCACCGUAGAACCGGCAGGCCUGGCGCUCAACUCCACCAUCGAAUGCACGAGGUGCAGCUCCCCAGAGGAUGGCAUGGCGUCAUCGAACAUCCCGAAACAACAGCAACAGCAACAGCAACAGCAACAGCAACAGCAACAGCAACAGCAACAGCAACAGCAACAGCAACAGCAACAGCAACAGCAACAGCAACAGCAACAGCAACAGCAACAGCAACAGCAACAGCAACAGCAACAGCAACAGCAACAGCAACAGCAACAGCAACAGCAACAGCAACAGCAACAGCAACAGCAACAGCAACAGCAACAGCAACAGCAACAGCAACAGCAACAGCAACAGCAACAGCAACAGCAACAGCAACAGCAACAGCAACAGCAACAGCAACAGCAGCAGCAGCAGCAACAGCAACAGCAACAGCAACAGCAACAGCAACAGCAACAGCAACAGCAACAGCAACAGCAACAGCAACAGCAACAGCAACAGCAACAGCAACAGCAACAGCAACAGCAACAGCAACAGCAACAGCAACAGCAAAAGAAACAUCAAGCACUAACACUACUCCCCCUACAACAUCCCUGA